GGGAGAGAAAUAGUGCCCCAUCGUUGGUGUCAGUGGGGGAGAGGAAUAGUGCCCCAUCGUUGGUGUCAGUGGGGGAGAGGAAUAGUGCCCCAUCGUUGGUGUCAGUGGGGGAGAGGAAUAGUGCCCCAUCGUUGGUGUCAGUGGGGGAGAGGAAUAGUGCCCCAUCGUUGGUGUCAGUGGGGAGGAGGAAUAGUGCCCCAUCGUUGGUGUCAGUGGGGGAGGAAUAGUGCCAAGAGUGUCACAGCAUGCGGGAGGAAUAGUGCCCCAUCAUUGGUGUCACUGAUAGCAAUGAUGGAGCACUAUUCCUCCCACGGAUACCAAUGAUGGGGCACUAUUCCUCCACUGACACCAAUGAUGGGGCACUAUUCCUCCACUGACACCAAUGAUGGGGCACUAUUCCUCCCACUGACACCAACGAUGGGGCACUAUUCCUCC